AUGCAGUUCAAUCUGAAAGGUUUAACUCUACAAAAUUUAUAUCCCUCAAUUAUUAGCACUUCAACACUCUUCGUUCCAAAUAGAGAAACAAAGAAAACCAACACGAUUGAGUUUACAAUUUAUGAUCAUGAUAGAAUUGGUAGAAAUGAAAAGAUUGGAAAGUGCUUUCUUCCACUUUCGUGUAUUUUCGAUGGUUGUCCAGUUGAAUGUGAAGAUGAGAGUGGAAAUGGUCCUCCUUGGUGGUUGUAUCUUUCAGAUUCUCAGUCAAUUGUGCAAGAUUUUCAUAAUUUGGUAAAUAUUCCACCAACUCCCACUCCUACAAUGAAACAAGCAGAAUUUGUCAAUUUUUCAGAUGAAGAAAUUGAAGAAAUACAAGAAAUGUCACAAUCUCAUGACAUUGACUUGACAGCAUCCAAAUAUGUUCAAGUCAAUUGGGGAGAUUUAUGGAAAUCAUAUGAAUAUAAGCAAGCAAUGUAUGAUCAGAAGAAGAAACCUCAUUAUUUACAAUUAGAAAUUCAAUUAGAAUCUCAAUUCGUUGAGAAUGGAUUCUUAGAGAGAUCUCGAACUAAACCCUUAUUGAUUAUUGAAGCGCUAUUGGUGAAUGUUUCGAUUGGAAAGCAAGCUUCAACUGCUUUGAAGAAUGGACCUUCGGCAGUGCCACCAAUUCAUGUUUCGUCUAGUGUUGGAGAAUCGUCUACAAUUCCAGUCACACCUGAACAACCACAAGAGAAACAUUUGCCAAGAUUGUCAUUUUCAAAACUUUCAAGAAGUUUCAGAUUACAAAAUUCACCUCCAACUUCAAAACCGUGA